UUUCAAUUUAGUAUUUGUCCAAACACGCCUCUCGCAUUAUCCACAUCUCAGAAUUAUACAGUUCGUGCGCCAUAUUUUGGAGGCCGUAUAGUUGAAGGUUUUCGCAGCAUUCGACAAAGGCAACCAGUAAAUAUUCAGGGAACAUGCCUGGUGAGUACAAAUCUUUCGAUUUUUAGAUCGAGCUAAUCCUUUACUACAGAGCCUGCGACUCGUCAGUCGCGGCCUGCACGAAAGGUUCGAGCACCUGCCCCAGAUAUCAUCGAUCUCGAAUCCUCCAGCCCCUCCCGUCAUAAAUCCUCUACUAUGCACACCCCCUCCGUACCUGCGAAUGACGGCGCUGGCCACGAACAAGAUGACGACGACACUUUGCCCCUCAUGUCCUCUCGACCUCGAAACAAUCGCCGACACGUUAUCGAUUCUGAUUCCAACGAAGAACGACAACACGACGAUCAGCAGCCGAGCAAACGAGCCCGCACCGACAUGCAGGAAGCUAGAGAGGCUACGCUUGGUGGUACCUCUACUCCAGUUGAUGGUCCUGUUUCUGCUUCGUCUCCUCCAGUUCCGUCGCACAAUAUUCAGGAGAAGUGGAAUAAUGAUGGUCAUGAAGCUACAUUCACGACCCCCACUGGUGGGCUCCCUCCCAAGGCAACCUCGACUAGUCGCACGAACAACAAAAUCACCAAGCAGACUCCCAGUACGAUCAAUCCAUUUAAGCCGAAGAUUGCGACACCUACUCCGCGACCAUCUCAACGCCUCUCGGCUCCUCACUCUCGUGGUCAACCGCGGACGGUCUCUGGUGCUGGCCUUCAAUCCACAUACACGCCUCUAAACUCUGGUACAUCCCAACGCCAUUCGUCUCCUCUCGUCGAGAACCCAGUCUCUCCAUCCCCUCCACAACACUAUAGUACUUUCCGACGCAGCUCAGUGGACAACUUGGCUCAUAAUAAUCAAAGUUUACAUGCUGGCCUUGCACAUGACCGUCUAACCUUGCAUGGUUCUCCAGAGGGUCUAGGCUUCAUGGCAAGUCAGAAUGAGAUUCCUCGCUCGUCGCAAUUUGGUACUCCUCAUCGCUCCCCACUUGAGCACCCUCAAUUCUCUCGUCCAUCUUCCGCUCUUGGUGGUGUAGUGCAAUCCAUGCGUCAUGCUGUCUCACCCCCUCCCGUUCCUGAGUUUGAUAGACCAUCAGCCUCCAGUGACCAACUCCGUAUUGUUUUACAACAACAGGGCACCGAAAUUAAGUCCUUGAUACAGCAGGUUAGGAAGUUGCAGUACGAGAUGAAGCUCCAAAAGGUUCAUGUAGAGUACCUCGUCGGUCAAUUGCCGCGUCGUGGCUAGAUUGUUCGCCUUCUUGCAUUGGCUUUUCCUUUCGUCCACGGUCUGGUUUUCAGCCUCGUAUUCUUCUUCUUUAUUUCGGUCAUCUGGACCUUAUAGUGUUUGACUAUCUUCUCUGGAGUGUGGGGGGCUCAUUCCUUGGCGUAUCGGUUGGCAGCUGCACUUCUCCCAUAUACCCAUAGGCGCUACAAUAUUCAAUUGAUAAAUUUUCAC